UAUCUUUAUAUAUUUGUGCAUAUAUAUAUAAUUUUUUUUUUGCUCUUAUUCUUCAUUUUGGUACAAGAUUUUUUGGGAACUUUGAAGUGAAUUUGAGUUAAUCUAGUUUGUGAUAUUAAUGGGGAGUGGUUAUUUUGGGGAACCAAGUUUAGGUAAUAAUAAUGAAAGAGGGAGCGGAUCUUCGUCGUCGUCAUCACCGUCGUCUUCCAGAAGAGGGAAAAAGGGUGGUUCUGACAAGCAGCCAAGGCAACCCCAAAGAGGACUUGGAGUUGCUCAGCUUGAGAAGAUCAGAUUGCAUGGUGAAAUUGCUUCCGCUGGUUUUCAUCCCACUUCUUAUGCUUUCACCAAUGAUCAAGAAAUAGCGAGGGUGCAAACGGGUUAUGCGUCGGUACCAUCUUCCACCUCCUCUUCGCCGUCUUAUGGCUUCCCCUCUAAUGUUAUGAUGGGGUUUGGAGAAUAUGAAAGAAGAAGCCUCAGAGAUGGUGAUUCUCAGUAUAGCACAAGAUGGGAUCCAAGCAAUAAUGGUGGGAUCUUAGAGAGCCAACAUUUUGCACAGCCAAAUAUGACAUGUUAUCUUCAAAAUCCACAAGCAGAUCAGUGGACACAAAGCAGAAGGAGCAAAAGGCAAGAGAGGAGUGGAAAUAUGGGUCAAAAUUCUGAAGGAUGUGAGAGCCAAGAAUUGGAUUUGGAGCUUAGACUCUCAAUAAUCUAAAAUUAAUCAAACAAUUAUUAAUUGGAUAUUGGGAUUUGGAUUUGGAUUUGGAUUUGGAUUUGGAUAAACCCCUGUUUUUAUCAAUACACAUAAUUUUCGGUGGGAAAUUAGUGGAACAAUAUAGUUAUAACCAUCAUCUGUGGAUGAUCUCUCAAUUGAUGCAAGUCAAAAGAGACCAACACACCAACUUUUUCUUCCUUUUCUCUUCUAAAUCUCUAAUCCAUCACUAUGUAUGUAUGUAUCCAUGUAACCCCUGAUCUCCUCUCUCAUUUCUUUUUGGAAUACUCUUUUCUUAUUUCUUCAUUCAUUAUCUUUUAUCUCUCUCA